AUGUUUGAAGGAUUAUUGAAGCCGAAAAGCUAUACAAAAUGCAAAACAAACUUGAAAUUUAUAAAGACGAGGCUAGAAACUAUACGAAAGAAGCGAAACGCGGUACAGAAAUUUCUGAAGAAAGAUCUCGCUGAUCUUCUCAGAAAUUCUCUUCAUUACAAUGCAUAUGGAAGGGCUGAAGGGCUUUUGGUGGAGCAAAAUAUGUCAGCUUGCUAUGAACUCGUAGCGAAAUUUGUUGGAAGUGUAUCGGGUCAUGUUCGCGACAUUUGUAAAAAUGAGGAUUGUCCUGAUGAAUGCAAGGAAGCUAUACCGUCGUUGAUAUAUGCUGCUGCGAGGUUUUCUGAUCUUCCAGAACUGCGCGAGUUGAGAACUUUUUUUACAGAAAAGUAUGGGAAUUCUCUUGAACCUUAUGUGAAUAAAGAGUUUAUCGAGAGAUUGAAGCAAAAUCCUCCUUCGAAAGAAAUGAAGAUCCAACUAUUGCAUGAAUUAGCACAAGAAUUAUCUAUAGAUUGGGAUGUGAAGGCUUUGGAGCAAAGACUUUACUCACCUCCUGUUUCGCGUCAGGAGAAGGAGAAGCCUAAAGAUGAUGAACAAAAUGAUAAUGAUAACGCGAGCCCGAAAAUCCAUGAUGUAUGGUGGAGUGUGCAAAGAAGUACAGACAGUGAAACAACUAUCACUGAUAGUUCAUCACAGGAUGGCCAAAAGGCUUGUUCGAGUUCAUUAGAAAAUUUAUCCGACGACAACGAAGAAACAGAAGUUAAGAAACCGUUUACCUCGAAGUUUGAUCCUCCUCCUCCUUAUAUCAGAGAGAAUAAAUUCGAAAGCAAUUUGAACAAAACAACAACUGAAUCUCCACCUGCAGAAAAACCAAAACCAAGAUCAGUGAGAAGAAGACCUCUUAAACCACCGCCGAAUGAAAACACAGUUAAAGAUUUUUCCGAAACAGGUGAUGGAUUUGAAGAAAAGAUGGUAGAUGAACUUCUAAUGCACUAUAGUCAGAAACAACCUCAUGAAUUUGGUAAGGGGCAAAAUAAAAGGCCUAUAAAAUCGAUUUCUCAAAAAGAUAUGAGUAUGGUUGAAACAUUACAAGAACGUGGAAGAUCUACUUCCUUAGUACCUGAAAUGUUGAGAACAACAACAUCAAAACAUGUGCAUCCUAGUUUACCUGAGUACGAUGAUUUGUCGGCACGGUUGGCAGCUCUAAGAAGAACAUAA